UGGAUAUUUCUACUUCCGGUUCGCAGACUGAACGUGUAUAAUGUUUAAAGUGUGAAGUAGUUCGUGACGUUUUGCUAAGUCUUGUGUGACAGUACGUGUUUAGCGUCUUAUUAAUUACGCAGAGAAAAAUAAGGGAAUAUGUCAGUCCCGGCUAAGGGUGACGAUAACGUGAAGCAGAAAGUGUUACAGUACGAAGCAUUUAUCGAUGAGGUUCUGAAGCGAGAUUUAAAGAGGGUGUUGGAACAGAGAGAUGACAUUUUUGAGAAGAUUUCUCAGUAUCUGCAACUGAAGAACGUCAUACACAGUUUACAGGGCCUGGACUCUCAGCGGCUGAAGACAGAUGUAGAUCUGGGCUGUAACUUCUUUGUCAAGGCUGAAGUGGAGGACUCGUCCAGGAUCUUGGUGGCAGUUGGUUAUGGUUUCUUUGUUGAGAUGACUCAUAACGAAGCCCUGAGGUUCAUCGAGAAGAAGACCACUCAGCUCACAUCCUUCACAGAGGUACUCACCAAAGACUCCGCCAAAAUAAAAGCCAACAUCCGCAUGGUGCUGCAGGGUCUGAGGGAGCUGCAGGGCAUGAGGGACCUGCCCGAGACACACAGAAGGGAUGUUUUCUAGCUACUGUGGUUAGGUGGGAAACUAAUAAUUCACAUCUGAAGAGG